AUGGCUGAUGCAAGAAACGCUAAUGAAGAUGAUGACACGGCUCGUCAAGAAGUAUUUAACAAUAGGGUCACGGAGGUGGCGGAAGAGGUUAUGCAAGCUAAUCUUCCACGAUUAGCUCAAGAAGUAGAAAGUCGGGUGUUGGGAGUUGUGGAUGCCAUGAUGACAUGUAAAAUCGAAGAGUUGAAAGAAUUAAUUGAAGGAUCUAAAGGCAAGAGCAAGGAACGACGAUGCACGUAUAAAGAUUUCAUGGCAUGCAAGCCUACAACCUAUGAUGGUAAAAUCGAUCCAAUAGCGUGCCAAAGAUGGAUCUCAAGUAUGGAGGCGGUGUUUAAACGAAGUCGGUGUGAUAAGGAGGAUCAAGUGAUGUUCGCUACUUGGCAACUCACCUUUCAAGCGAAAGAUUGGUGGGAUGCUCAUAGUAAGGAGAUAGGUGAGGACGAGCUUCAGACAAUGACUUGGCAAGAGUUUAAAGAACCCUUUAUGAAGUACCACUGUCCUCAGUCGGCUAUUGAUAAGAUUCAAGAAGAUUUCUUACGCCCCCGACAGAAAAACGAGACGAUAAAUGAGAUAUCGAAUAUUUUCUUGGAUAAGAUGAAGUUUUGUGCGGAAUUUGUGCAAACUGAAAGAAUGAAAAUCAAUCGCUUUUACGGCAUACUGAAGGCAGAAUUCAGGGAAUUCAUCACUCCCUCGAAAUGUGAGACCCUUGAUGAGCUUAUUAACUUGGCACGGGAUAGAGAAAUUGAGAUUAAAAGGCAAGAAGAGCGAGGUGAAAAGAGACCAAGUGAAAAGGGUGCAAGUUCGAGUCCAUCAAAAAGGGGAAAGUUUCAAGAUCAAGGGAGGAAUGAUAAGUCGAAAGGUGGAAUAACUCCUUGCAAGACGUGCGGAAAACUCCAUACUGGAGAGUGUUUAUUAGGCAAGAAAGGGUGUUACAAAUGUGGUAAGGAGGGACAUUCAUCUUAUCAAUGUCCAAAUAGCCCGAAGACGUGCUUCAACUGUUUUGAAAAAGGGCACAUCAAGUCGGAAUGUCCAAAACUUCAGCAAGAAUCAAAAAGAGAAGAUAAAAAGCAAGAGGGUCCUAGGACUAAAGGAAGGAUGUUCCAAAUCACAUCCGAGGAGGCUAAGGUUCACCCAAAUGUUGUUUCAGGUGUGUCUUCGGAUGAAAUGUAA